UUUUAGUUUGUAAACAAAAACAGCUGUUUCAACUCCACACGAUUUUAAUAAACAUUAAUUCAACAUUUUUUAAAACAUGAGUAAUAUAGUGCAAUAUAUAGUUGUUCGCAGUGACUUGCGUUCCGCCCUCAGUUGGCCGAUAGGCGCGGUUAUUGCACAGUGCUGCCACGCCACCGCCGCCGUCUUGCACUUAAAUUCAGAGGACGCAGACACCGUGGCCUACUUGAAGGAUCUGGAUAAUAUGCAUAAAGUGGUGCUAGAGGCCAGAGAUGAGGCAGCUCUGGUCAGGCUCAGCGAAAAGUUGAAGGAGAGCGAGAUAAAGCACAAGAUGUGGAUCGAACAACCGGAGAAUAUUCCAACCUGCAUCGCCCUAAAACCAUAUGUUAAGGACACAGUUCACAAAUACGUUAAGCAGUUCAAGCUUUUGAACUAGUAAUCAAGUUAAAAAAUCCAAUGGGACCCACCCCACACCAAGUUGACUAAACCCCAGGGCAAGUUUCUUCGACUAAUGGUAUAACGAUAUUCAAUUUUUCAACAAACACAAUUUAAAUAAAUACAAGCUUAAAAAAUAUAACUUCCCUGAAAGUGACCUUAAACGUCUA